CUCUUGUCUCCCUCUCCUCCCUCUCUCUCUCUUCUUCUCUUCCCCCGCACGAGAUUCUGUUCCACGCCGCCAGAAUCAGUCGUGCCGCAUCGUCGGCGACCUCGCCGCCGGUUACGCAGCGGAACUCGGGGACCCUUGGACUGGAGCAUUUUUCUCGUGGAGAGGCGUCUUGUUCAUCCUCCUCCUCCUCCUCCUCCUGUCGGCCUUGUGCUGCCACUGGACUGGCGUGGAGUGGAGAUCCAUCCACCCGCACUUGCCACGAUCUCUUCCUUCUCGUGUCGGUAACCGCCCCGCGAUUGCUUGGACGGGUUGCUCUGGGGCUUUGGCUUUGCUCGCAGUCUAAUCCAAAUCUGCCUCCCUCCCUCCCUCCCUUCCUCUCCCCGUUCAGUUGGCUGCGGAUUUGCGUGCUGUGGUGCGGCCCCGCAGCCCAAUCCAUGGUUGGGUUCGAUUUGGUUCGGCUUCGUCUUCGUCUUCAGCGCUCGAGAUCAGUCUAGUCGAGGCGCGUGCGCGGUUUGGUUGCCGGAAGACUUUUUUGGAGUUCAAGUGAAUCCCCAUGCCCCAGGUGAGGUCCGGCCCCGAUGGCGCCGGUGGGGACUACAUCAAGUGGAUGUGCGGCGCCGGCGGACGCGCGGGCGGCGCCAUGGCCAACCUCCAGCGCGGCGUCGGCUCCCUCGUCCGGGACAUCGGCGACCCCUGCCUCAACCCCUCCCCAGUUAAGGGAAACAGAAUGCUCAAACCAGAAAAAUGGCACACAUGUUUUGACAGUGAGGGAAGGGUUAUGUGUUUCCGUAAAGCCCUUAAAUUCAUUGUCUUAGGGGGAGUGGAUCCUUCUAUUCGAGCGGAAGUUUGGGAGUUUCUUCUUGGCUGCUAUGCCUUAAGUAGCACGUCAGAAUAUAGGGGAAAGUUAAGAGCUGCUCGAAGGGAGAAGUAUCAUUAUUUAAUUAGACAAUGCCAGAGCAUGCAUGCAAGCAUUGGUACAGGUGAGCUUGCGUAUGCUGUUGGAUCGAAGCUGAUGGAUGUCAGGACUUUGCCCAAAGAAACUGAUAGUGGAGAAGAAGUCAGCACAAGCCAACAAACUUCACAUCAAGAACCUUGCAAUGUAGUGGAAAAUUCCAAUUUGAAUUGUGGGUCUGGUGGCACACCUCAGUCUCAGAAAAGAAAAGGCUGUAGUAAAUCAGCUGAACCAGUUGGUUUUAACAUACAUAAUGAUAGCUCUGUAUAUGAUUCUUCCAAUUUUAUGGUACCUUCCACAGCGGUGAAUAAUUGCUUGAGAGAUUCUGGAGAUUAUGAUGACAUUGGUGAACCAAGGUAUGACAGUGAGACCUUCACCGAUUUUCCUUCCCUAUCUGGUACAAACUUGUUUGCAAAUGGCGGCGAGGAUAGCAAUGGAGUUGAGGAAAGUCAUUGUAGUUUCUCGGUUCCUGAAGAUAGGUUAAGGCUCCGUGAUGAACGCAUGCACAGCUUCCAAAUCAAUAAUAACAUAGAUCUCAUUAUAGAGUCAAAUUCAUUCUCCAAUGAUCUGUUUCGACCUAGCAACAGUGACUCAGCCAUCUUUCACUCGGAUGCAUACAAGCAGGAUAGAUGGUUAGAUGAUGGCUAUAGUAAGGAAAUUAUAGACUCCUUGAGGAUAUCUGAUGCACCAGAAGCAGAUUUAGUUGAUGGAACCAAAUCAAACGGUUCUGUUGCUGACAAAGAUAGAGUUUCCGAAUGGCUUUGGACACUGCAUCGAAUUGUUGUUGAUGUUGUGAGAACAGAUAGCCAUCUUGAUUUCUAUGGAGAAUCAAGAAAUAUGGCUAGAAUGUCUGAUAUACUUGCAGUUUAUGCGUGGGUUGAUCCCUCCACUGGAUACUGUCAAGGUAUGAGCGAUCUGCUAUCACCUUUUGUUGUUAUAUAUGAGGAUGACGCGGAUGCCUUUUGGUGCUUUGAGAUGCUUCUAAGAAGGAUGGUAACUUGCAUCUAUCGUAACUUUCGUUGCUGUCCAUUAGUUUGGUCUUUACGUUACUUGACAAUGAUGUACGCUUCUGCUGUGCGUUGCUGUCCUCAGCGCGAAAAUUUCCAGAUGGAGGGACCAACGGGAGUUAUGAAGCAGUUGCAAGCAUUGUGGAAGAUCUUGGAACUGACAGAUGUUGAAUUAUUUGAACAUUUGUCAGCAAUUGGUGCUGAAAGCCUUCAUUUCGCUUUCCGGAUGCUGCUAGUGCUUUUUCGUCGAGAGCUAUCUUUUGAGGAAUCACUGAUCAUGUGGGAGAUGAUGUGGGCUGCUGAUUUUGAUGAAGAAGCAAUCAGGCGUUUAGAAGAGAACUGUCUUGGACCAUUACUUGUAGAUCUGAGGACUGAUUUAUCAUGUGAAGUUAAAGAAGUGCAUCGGAUGAACAGUUCCACAAGAAGAAAAUCCAAAACCAGGAAAUCCCAUCGCAGGAAUGGUGAAAUCUGUGGGGCUUGCCACCCUGGAACGAGAUCCAGUACAAGAAAUCAUCUCUGUGGCUUGUCAGGUGCUACUAUAUGGGCAAGGCCUCAGCUGAUGCUGCAACUGAGUGCAAAUGUACUGGCAAAGAGCGGAGAUGACGAACUGCCUAUUUUCUGUGUAGCAGCAAUCUUGAUAAUCAAUCGCCACAGGAUAAUUAGAGGGACUCGCUCAAUUGAUGAUGCGAUCAAGAUGUUCAACGACAAUAUGCUGAAAAUCAAUGUAAAAAGAUGUGUACGCUUGGCCAUCAAGCUGAGGAAGAAGUAUUUGUACAAGUCAUUGAAAGGAGGCUCCAGUGAUGAUAAAGAAAGUUGAAGGGACUACAUUUCCCCUUGUAGAAAAAACUAGGUAUUUCUCCAUCGUGCAUUGCUGUCUAUUCGGUGGAGCGGUACUGGCCAGAAGUCUGGUUACAUCUCCAAGACCCGUUACUCAGCAUUGCAAGGAAACCUGUACAUACUAGUAUACUUGAACACAACAGAUGAAGCUGCGGAAGUAAAGGGAAAAAAAAAGGAAUCGAUUCCACUGUGUCGCUGUAUUGCUGGUGUUGUCAUUGUUUUUGUUGUGCCCAUUCGGCAAUGGUCAAUUGGUCAUGUCCAUGAUGAUUGUAUUUAUCGAUGUGUGGAGGUUUGAGUGCCACGCAAAACCACACGGAAGAACGGAACAGUAAAAAGGGUUGAAGUGUACAAAGUAUGAUCCGAGCAAUCCAUUCUUUGGAGCGAAACUAGUUUAUUGGUUCCACGCCGUUACGAAUGAAAAUAAUUUCACAA